AUGACUGAAACCGAGUCUGUGGCAGAUUAUAGCAGUCGGUUGAGUGGUAUUUCACAAGAAUCAGUCGUUUUGGGAAAACGAUACAAGGACAAGAAGUUGCUCAAGUACAAUCAAGUCGUUGGGAUGAUGCAGGCAUUUGAGAUGCAACUGAAGAAAAAAGAGAAGAUGAACGCAAAGUCAUUUGCUCUCAAAGCUGAAGAAGAACAGAAACUUGCUGAAUCUCAAGAGAUUGAAGACGAAGAAAAAGUGGGUAUGUUGGUUAAAAAGUACUUUCGUAAGAUGGAGAGAGGUCAACAAAAGGGUACAACGCUACCCACAAACACUGAUUCUGAUAAGGAAUUCAGGAAAGGUGAUAAGCAUGAGCGUCAGUGUGCUGAGUGUGAAGGGUAUGGGCACUACAAGGCUGAAUGUCCAAACAACAAACGUAAGAACUCUCUGCAAUGCUAUGGGUGUAAAGGUUAUGGUCAAAGCAAGACUAAUUGUCCUUCACAAGGAAACAAGCAUAUAUCCUACAUCACGUGGAGUGAAAGUGAUUCUGAUGAAGAAGACAACAAAGGUGAGAUUCUGAACAAUUUCGUGGUUCUGCUGGGAGUCAUUGAGGAGGAUGAAGAAGACGAAGCUCUGUUGUUAAAAGAAGACUUAGCCAAGAAGGUUGAAUCUGACUCAGAUGGAGAGGAGGCUGACUUUUCAAUGGAAGAUCAGAUAGGGCUCCUUAUCAAGACUAUGUUGCAAAAGACUCAAGACAACAGUGAGCUGACUGCCCAGAGAGAUACUCUUCAGAUGAAUGUUACAAUGCUUUCUAGAGAACUGAGUGAAGAAAAAGCCAAGUCUCUGCGUCUUGAAAAGCAAUUGGAUGAACAACUGAAGAACAUCAAGAUGCUAAGUAAGGGUACGGAAGAUCUGGAUACCUUACUCAGUACUGGACAACCAAGCACUGCUCAGUGCUACAAGUUUCAGAAUCGUGUGGAAAAUCUGGUGCGGCAUGACAGCUUUUAUCCAGCUGCUAGAAGAGUUAGUCAAGGGUAUGUCAGGAAAGAUGAUCUCUACUGUCAGGUUGCAUACACAGCCGAUAGAACUGAGGUUGAGCAGGCUAUAUGGUACUUUGAUAGUGGAUGCUCCAGACAUAUGACAUGUGCUUUUCACAACUUGUCCCAUUUAGAAGAUGUUGCUGGUGGAAGAGUCACGUUCGAAGAUGGAGGAAAGGGUACAAUCCAAGGAAAGGGUGCAACUAGUGGUGACACUCAACCAAAUUUGAAGGAUGUGUUCUUGGUUGAUGGUUUGAAGGCCAAUCUGAUCAGUGUCAGUCAGCUCUGUGAUGAAGGUUUGGAUGUAACCUUUACCAAGAAGGACUGUAAAGCAGUCGACCAACAAGGGUCUGUAAAACUCAGAGGAAGACGAUCUGGGAAUAAUUGCUAUAUGUGUAAAUCUGAAGUGCAAUGCUUUAAUGCAACUUCUGCGUUGAACACAGAGUUGUGGCAUCAGAAACUUGGUCAUUUGAAUGUACGCACAUUGCUGAAAUUGGCAAGCCAAGAAGUUGUAUGCGGACUACCUAAUCUGAAGAGUCACCCACAUUUCAUAUGCGGUCCAUGCAAACAAAGGCAAGCAGAUCAAAGUAUAUCUGGCCGGCGAUUCAUCUUUGUGAUGGUUGAUGACUUCACUCGCUACACCUGGAUCAAAAGUGAGAAGUGUUCAAUCGAAACCAUUCAGAGCGAUCAUGGUGGUGAGUUUCAAAACGACAAGUUUGACGAAUUCUAUGGGCAUCAAGGCAUUACUCAUCAAUACUCUGCACCAAGAACACCGGAGCAGAAUUGA